CGGUUUCGUAGUCUAGUAGUAGUAAGAGUAGUGUCUUGGUGGAAGUUGUUUGUUAGUUCCAAGCAGCCAUGGGUGAACAACCUGCUGGGUAUGGAGACGUUUCUGUCACAUUUACGCUCAAUGGUCAGCUCCAAAAAGUAUCGUCAGUGCCUGGAGAUAUGUCCCUCAACACAUAUAUUAGGGAGUGCGCCAAAUUGAAGGGUACCAAGUUCAUGUGCCAAGAAGGAGGAUGUGGCAUCUGCAUUGUCAGUCUACAGUUUACACACCCUGUCACUGGGCAAGAAAGAGUGGUCUCUGUGAAUUCGUGCAUGUUUCCUGUCCUCGCCUGCCAUGGUCUCAGAGUGACCACUGUGGAAGGAAUCGGAAGCAGGAAGACAGGGUAUAAUGAGAUACAGAGCAGACUAGCUCACUUCUACGGUACCCAGUGUGGUUACUGUUCUCCAGGAUGGGUUAUGAGCAUGUACAGUUUUCUCAAGGGCAAUCCCAAUGCGACAAUGAAAGAAAUAGAAGAUUCGUUCUCAGGAAAUGUCUGUCGCUGCACCGGAUAUAGACCGAUUCUCGACGCCUUCAAAUCAUUUGCCUCUGACCGAAGCGUCGACCUGCAAAACAAACUGACCGAUAUUGAGGAUAUUCUAAAAGUAUGUCGGAAAAGUGGAACUACUUGUCAUGGACAAUGUAAACUGGACAAAUCAAAAAGAGACCCGUACGGCUGUGGGGAGAAGAACUGCGAAGAGAACUAUGACAUUGAGUUCCUGGAAGUGGCGCUCGCCUCGCCGUCACUGAGACUCGAACUCCGGGGUGGCACUCAGUGGUUCAAAGUGUCUCACGUGGAUGAGAUAUUUGAGAUCUUUGAUAUGAUAAAUGGAACCUACAGGCUUGUCGGCGGAAAUACUUCUAUUGGCAUACUGAAGGGUCUCCCAGCACCUGAUGUGUUCAUUGAUGUAAACAGAGUGAGCUUCCUGAAAGCUCAUUCAUUUUCCUUCAACAGUCUGCAAGUUGGAGCGAACACAACAUUAACGGACGCUAUCACGUUGUUUCGAGCUGUCGCUGUGGAAAAACCUGCCAAAUUCUCGUAUACAGCUCAGUUGGCUAAGCAUAUUGAGAGAGUGGCGAACACGCCUGUUAGAAACGUAGGAACACUUGCAGGUAACUUGUCUAUUAAACACGCAUCAAGAGAAUUCCGAUCUGAUAUCUUCCUGAUACUAGAGGCUGUUGGGGCCAAACUAUAUAUUAGAGGUCAAAGUGAAUCUGUCCAAUUACUCUCCCUGCCAGAAUACUUGGAGACCAACAUGUACAAGAAGGUGAUCCUGCAAAUUGUCCUUCCUCCAAUGGACUCAAGCACAAACGUUGUGAAAACAUACAGGGUAACACCUAGAGCCCAGAACGCAAUAGCCUAUGUAAACGCCGGGUUCAGAUUCAAUGUGAACAGGAAAGAUGGAUUUAGAUUGUUGGACCAACCUACCAUCGUCUUUGGAGGCAUAAAUCCAUUAUUUAUCCACGCUGAAACCACAGAAAAAUAUCUAGUAGGCAGAAGACUACUAGAUGUGUCUACCUUGCAGACUGCCCUCAGUAUACUGGGAAAGGAAGUACAGCCAGACUACCGACUGCCAGACUCUAGACCAGAGUACAGGAGAGGGCUUGCUCAAUCUCUAUUUUAUAGGGUAGUCCUGAGCCUAAACCCCAACAGUGUGAGAGCCCAGUUCCGCAGUGGAGGAGAAGAUAUCACGAGACCAUUGUCUUCAGGCAAACAGGAGUUUGACACUGACAGUUCUAGACCUCCUCUCUACCAGCCGUUCCCCAAACUGGAAUCACUCAUUCUAUGUUGUAUAUCCAGUGGAGGAGAAGAUAUCACGAGACCAUUGUCUUCAGGCAAACAGGAGUUUGACACUGACAGUUCUAGACCUCCUCUCUACCAGGCGUUCCCCAAACUGGAAUCACUUAUUCAAUGUUCCGGUGAAGCAGAGUAUAUUUUUGACAAACCAAUAGUUGCCUGUGACUUGCAUGCAGCCUUCGUCAUCACAAAACAUGGACCUGCAGUGUUGGCUGGCUUAGACCCGUCUCGAGCACUUAAAGUUCCCGGAGUAGUUGCUUUCUUCUCAGCCAAAGACAUUCCUGGGGCGAAUAUAUUUACCCCAAAACAUGCUGUUAUACCGGAGAACGAGCAGCUGUUCGCUGACAAGAAUAUUCAGUUUGCUGGACAAUCUGUUGGCUUGGUGGUGGCCGUCACGCAGGAGCUGGCGGACGCUGCUGCAGAUCUGGUGCAGAUACAUUACAAAUCCAAGGUGAAGCCAGUCCUGGACUUGCGGGAGAUCGUGAAAAACAACAUGACAGAGAGGAUAUUCCUCAAAGCUGAGCAGGAUGCGGCAGCUGUCAAACCUGAUGUAAAGAAGAUUGUUCGAGGAGACUUUAAAAUGAACGAACAAUACCAUUUUGCUCUUGAGAUGCUGACCUGCCUCUCGGUGCCGACAGAAGAUGGCCAGGAGCUGGAUGUCUUCUGUACCACACAGUGGCAAGCGGCGGUCCAUGAGGCGAUCUCUUUAUUGCUCAACAUCCCUCAGAACAGAAUUAACAUGAGAUUACGUCGGCUUGGUGGAGCCUAUGGUGGCAAGUUGACACGCGGAAACUUUGUCGGAGGGGCCUGUAGCCUGGCCGCCUAUCUUCUGCAGAGGCCUGUCCGUAUGGUGGUCAAGCUUGAGACAAUGUUCGAGACGAUCGGAAAGAGAGAUCCUUGUUUGUUUUACUAUGAAGCAGGAGUUAAUGAUGAAGGGGAGAUUCAAUACCUCAAUACCAGAGUGUAUAUAGAUGCAGGGUCUACGUUCAAUGAUCCCAUUAUACAAUACGUAUUUUCUGGUUAUACAAACGUCUACGAUUCGAGCACUUGGUCAACUAAAAUGUAUGAUGUCAGGACUGACAAACCGAGCAACGUCUGGGCCAGAGGACCGGGAAAUUUAGAGGGAGUUGCAAUUCCUGAGAUCAUCAUGGAUCACAUAGCGCAUGAAGUGGAUAAAGACCCUUUGUCUGUGAGAAUGAUAAAUUUUAAUAAGGAAUAUCCCAUACAGGGGUUGGUCGACAUGCUAAAACAGAAGUCUGAUCUUGAGUCUCGUAAACAAGCUGUUGAACAGUUUAACAAAAAAAAUGUUUGGAAAAAACGAGGAAUAUCCUUGGUACCGAUGAGAUUUUUUAUAGCAACGAUAGGUGCAUACCACGCAACGAUCUCAGUGUACAGCAAGGACGGGUCAGUGGCUAUCAGUCAUGGAGGGAUCGAAAUUGGCCAAGGAAUAAAUACUAAGGCUGCCCAGGUGUGCGCUUCGGCUCUGCGCAUCCCUCUCAACACGGUAGUGGUCAAGCAGACAGAUAUCUUCGUUUCGCCCAACAACCUGGCUUCGGCGGCUAGUAUUGUUACUGAGAGCGUCUGUCUUGCAGUGGAAAGGUGUUGUGAGGAAUUAAACAGAAGACUGGAACCUAUCAGAGCUGCAGGAGAAUACCGGACUUUUGCGGAUCUCAUACAAGCUGCUUACUUGGCCGAUAUCGAUCUCAAAGUUUCCUAUCUGUUCGCUCCAAAUCAGGGAGAUCUAAAACAGUACAAUGUAUAUGGAGCAAGUGUCUUGGAGGUUGAAGUUGACAUUUUAACUGGAGAGCACAAGAUAAUUCGCGUUGACAUCCUAGAAGAUGCGGGCAAGAGCUUGAACCCUUUUGUCGACAUAGGACAGAUCGAAGGAGCAUACAUCAUGGGGCUGGGCUACUGGACAUCUGAAGAACUGAUCAAGGACCCCAAUACUGGGAGAACAUUGACUAAUCGGACUCUGAAAUAUGAAAUACCAGGAGCUAAAGAUAUUCCAGUCGAUCUCAGAGUUUACAUUCUCAAAAACGGCGAUAAUCCUCUAGGAAUUCUGAGAAGCAAAGCUGUGGGAGAGCCACCAAUAUGUACUACAUGUUCAAUAAUGUUCGCUAUAAAACAAGCUCUCAGAUCAGCCCGUGAAGAUUUCCGCCUGCCCAACGAGUGGCUCGCAAUCGAUGCACCAUUUACAGCAGAAAAAAUAUUUUUGUCCUCUGGCAUAGAUAAAAAUAAAUAUUUACUCCAAUGA